GCCGCGGAGAGAGAGGAGAGCGAGCUAGGUGUCUCGUGCGGAUUUCACCGUCACAGGGCGCGCGGGGGGACUUUCGCAGUUAAAAACCGUGCUCGUUCGCAUAUAGAAAGAAAUAUUUUGUCAGAUUUAAGACAUAGCGCGCGCGAGAGAGAGAGAGAAAAGAAGAAGAAGAAGAAGUGCCUGGAAAGAGAGGAGGGGGAGGAAUAACCAAAAACGCAACACGUAUCCGGUGGGAUCCCACUCCUGAGAGAGAGAAGCGGCAGGAGUUGGAGCGAGGGGUGCGAGAGGGAGAAAGAAGAAGACGACGAAGAAGAAGAGGGGGAAGAUUUGACAUUUCGCUCCUAACAGCUCGCUUUUAAUUAAUAAAGAGGAAUAAUGAGGAACGUUUGGAUAAUUUUGACCCUCGGGCUGACCGUCUUCCUCUCCGGGGAAACGAUAGCACAAGCAGCCAAGACUUCCUCUCAGGCUGAUGACUUGUACCUGGAUGACACAGGCUCAGGAGGUUACUACCCUGAAGACGAUGAUGACUUUAACUCAGGGUCUGGCUCAGGAGGAGGUGAAGAGGGGGUGGAGGAAACGGUGACUAUCAGUGCGGUUUAUUUUGAGCCCAAUGCAGCAGAACCCACCCAGGACUCCACCAAAGAUUUCACCCCGAGAGUGGAGACAGCCACGGUCAGAGAAAAGGCCCGGGACAGCACACCCAGGAAACCACUCAGAACAGAGGCACCUGUGCCAGUUACAGAGGACAUGCAGAGGAACCAGAUGACUAGUACGACUAGUGCCCCCGGCUCCCCCCAGGAGGCCAUUGAGGUCCGCACUGAAAACCUCUUCCAGAGGACAGAGGUGUUGGCAGCUGUUAUUGCAGGUGGCGUGAUCGGCUUCCUGUUCGCCAUCUUCCUCAUCCUCCUCCUGGUCUACCGCAUGAGGAAGAAGGACGAGGGCAGCUAUGACCUGGGAGAGAGGAAACCCUCCGGCGCAGCCUAUCAGAAGGCCCCAACCAAGGAGUUUUAUGCAUAAAAGCCGGCCCUCCCGUCAUCAGAACGACAAAUCGCGGGUGACUGUGAACGACGCAGUCCAUGACAACAGCAAACCUGUUCAAACACAACAAACACGUUGAUUAAGGAAAAAUAGCAUAAAGGAAAGCUUUUGCAUAGAGUAUUGUAAUUAAGUCCUUUUCUUUCUUCUUUUUUUUUUUUUAAAUGAAAACCAAGCAUUUCUCAUUUUAUGGCAAAUCUCAGUGUAUUUAAACAUUUUGUGUAUUAUUUGAAAAGGCUGAAAAAAUAAAAAAAACAGGAUCUGUAAAGGCGAGGAAACUAAUCGCACCUGUCUUCUGUCAAAAGGAGCUGUUUUAAGUCGCUGACUACUUUUAACUGUAGCAGUAUGUUAUUUGUAAAGAAAAAAAAAUUUAAAAGUGGAAAUAAUUGAAUAUAAUUAUUCUGUAUCAAUCCUGCUUUCAUUUUUUUCUUUUUAUUUUGUCCUAGCAUGUCUGAUGUUGAUCUCUAAAGGUGUAUUACAUUAAUUUAUCUUUUCUCUGAUGUUAAAAAAAAAAUGCCUUUGUAGUUUUGAUGAAGCUCUUUGGUCUUCAUAUUAACGCUGUUAACGGUCAAUGUAAAUGUUCUCCCUUCAGGUUACAAUGUUUAUUAUUUGCUCUCACACCAGUUUUUUUUAGUCGAACGUGAGCGUUUUCAUUAUGUCUUGUUUAUUUGGUUGUUCUCUUCUCGGUGUAGCCUUUUUUUUUCUCUCUCUCUUUUCGACAGCGUUUUCUUUUCAUACCUGGUCUUCAAAAGAUUAAAAAUAAGUGUGUCAGGGCUCGAGAAAAAAAUUAACUCGCUUCUGUUUUAUGUCUCGCUGAACUUCUCCUCUAUUUAAAUGCAUCCUCGUUCACAUUGCACAAUCACCGCUUUCGCUUCCCGCUUCUGUCGUGCAGCUUUGCGUGUAUGUCGAGUGUUUGGCGAAUGAAGUUUCUUCUCCGUGGCUUCUGGGGUUUUCGGCCCGUAGCCACCUCCCUCAAUGAGUCCCUCGAGUUUACUGAUGGCACCCAAACUCUGCUAGCCUUUCUCCCUUACAUCUCCUCCCCCUCGCUCUGCUUACCCUAACCUCCCUCACCCCCAUCUUGUUUGAAACCGGACUGGAGCGAUGCCAGUCGAGUUGCCAACCAACCCCCCGCUCACUCUCGCUUUCAGCUGUGUAGAGCCACCCGGGUAGCCUGGCGCUAUUGUCCGUGUACCAGUGUUGAUGCUUUAGGCCCAAAGAUCUCCUCGCUGAAGGCCUGCUGCUGCUUGGACACAAACACACCAGGCCGGGGAUUGACAAAUGGGGCUGCACAAAAAAAUUUAAGUCUCCAGUGUUAACGUCUGAAUAGUCAAGACACUCACGUUGAGGGCUAUUCGCGUUUUGUUUUUGUUUUUUUAGUGCUCAGCGCAGGUGUUUCAAAAGAGCUUCUGUUGAGGGAUGAGGUUGUUUACCAGGUUUAAAACCUACACAACGCGUUUGUUCUGAUGCCAUUUUGCAUCCCCAAUCGAGUUUAACCGGAUAAAAGGCCACAAAAUAGCUGUUACAAAAUAGCCACUUAGCUAUUUCAAAUGAACCCAUUGGUUACGGUCACAUGACAACAGCAGCAGCUACUGUUAAACAUUAACUCGCUCUGAAGAGACACAUUUUGUCUGGCAGGCUUGUGAAGUUGCCUUUUUCAGCUGUGCAGUAAUGUGAAGUAGAUACAGUAGAUGCUGUCACUUCGUCUGAACUAACAUCACCCACAUGCAGCAGUUCAUCCCUCUACCUCCUCAUCCCUCGUGUUACCCCUUCCUUCGGUCGCCCACUUCCAUCCUCUCCUCCCCGUCUCUGCUGUCCGUUCUCGUCAUAGGACUUAAGGUACUGAACUAUACUGAAAAACCCAAAGACUCACAGUAUUUCUACUCCCGACAUCCUCUCAGACCGACCCCCCUCCACCAUGGCCACAUCAUGUUGUUUCCUCAUUCUCGUUUUCUUCACUCGUUUAGUUUUCCUCUCUCUCUCUAUUAGAGACCUGACCAUUGAGUCCAAUUGCUUAUUAGUAUAUGAAAAGAUAUAUAAAUAUAUAUAAAUGUAUAUUCACAAAUGUUUUAAACCUUCAAAGUGCCUACCAUUUGGAAAUGUACUUGCUCAAGGUGAGCAGUGGCAGGUGUGUACACAAAGGACGGGUGUAAACGACUUGACUGGCAUUCUGUGAGCAUGGAUGACUGUAAUGGUAACUUUUUUUUAGUCUUACAAAAGCUGACAGUAUUGUACCUAUAAGUUGAAACAACACUACUGAAUAAACAUUGUGGCCUAAUA